CAGUUAGGCGGACUCAGUUUGCGCGGCGCUGAUCCGCUGGAGGUCGACUUGUCUAUGCUCCUGGGGGUGGGUAGAGCGUCACCCUGGCACUGAGGCGAAACAGCCAGGCUCUACGACCGGGAGGUGGGCGAGGCAAUUCCAGCCCCACCCCAAACGGAGGCGGAAGUGACGGCAGACGCACAGCGCCGUGCAGGCGGCGUUUCCGGCGUGUGUCGGGGUCGGUGUGCAGAGUAGCUCCAAGAGAGGCGGAGAGCGGGCCGCGGGACUCAGGUGACACACAGUUGGAAGGUAUUGCCAAUACAGAAGAGGACUGGAAUAUCAUACAAGAAGACCUGGAUGACUUUGAAAACUGGAGUACAGAUGCUCCCCGGGUUACACGAGAUCCAACUUACACAAAUCCGCACUUACGGAAAAAGUUCCAUAAGCUAAAAAUAGGAGCCAAUCGUGUCUUCAUUUUAUAGUGAUCACGUGUCAGAAAUAUGGCUACAGACUGGCUUGGAAGCAUUGUGUCCAUUAACUGUGGAGACAGCCUGGGAGUCUAUCAGGGACGAGUGUCGGCUGUGGAUCAGAUCAGUCAGACCAUCUCCCUGACGCGGCCUUUCCAUAAUGGGGUCAAGUGCCUCGUGCCAGAGGUCACCUUCAGGGCGGGUGAUAUUACUGAGCUAAAGAUUCUGCAGAUUCCAGGUCCUAGGGACAGCAAACAAAGUGGGGACCUGCAGCAUACUGAACUAGGCAUCCCUGGCGUUGGGUGCCAAGUGGGUACCAAUCAAAAUGGCACUGGCAAAUUGCUAAAGAAGCCUACCAGCAGUGCCCCACAGGCUAUCCCAAGGAGAACGGACAUGAAAAAUCAGGAAGUUGUCAUCUCCCCACAACAGCAGCAGUGCUCUAAGAGCUAUAUGGACCGACAUUUGGAAUCCUUGAAUCAGUCCAAAGGUUUCCGUCGUAGACACAACUCCUGGCAAGUGAAGAGUAGAAUGCCGUUAUUUUCAGAAGAGUCUGGCAAUGAGUCUGAAAACACUCAUUUGGUAACAGGAGCAGGUUGGAUUGGAGGGUCAUCCAGUAGCCGCCACCCAAACCAGGUGACUCCAAAGAAGAGUGGCCUGAAGAAUGGGCAGAUGAAGAGUAAAGACGAUGAGUGUUUUGGAGAUGACAUUGAGGAAAUCCCAGACACAGAUUUUGAUUUUGAAGGGAACCUGGCACUUUUUGACAAGGCAGCAGUGUUUGAAGAGAUUGACACUUACGAGAGGAGGAGUGGCACUCGCUCCAGGGGUACCCCCAAUGAGAGGCCAGCACGCUACCGGCAUGACGAGAACAUCCUGGAAUCAGAGCCCGUCGUCUACAGACGGAUCGUCGUACCCCAAAAUACUAACAAGGAAUUCUGCACUGACUCUGGGCUAGUCGUUCCCAGCGUCUCUUAUGAACUGCACAAAAAGGUGCUUUCAGUAGCUGAGAAACAUGGACUGACUCUGGAGCGCAGACUGGAGAUGACUGGGGUGUGCGCCAGCCAGAUGGCAUUGAGUUUGCUCGGAGGACCCAACAGGUUGAAUCCUAAAAAUGUUCACCAGCGACCCACAGUGGCUCUGCUGUGUGGCCCCCAUGUGAAGGGGGCCCAGGGAAUCAGCUGUGGACGGCAUCUUUCCAACCAUGACGUUCAUGUCAUUCUCUUCCUACCCAACUUUGUCAAGAUGCUGGAAUCCAUCACUAAUGAGCUGAACCUUUUCAGCAAGACCCAAGGCCAGCAGGUGUCCAGUGUCAAAGAUCUCCCAGAUACCCCUGUUGACCUGGUGAUAAACUGUCUGGAUUGUCAUGAAAAUGCUUUCCUAAGAGAUCAGCCUUGGUACAAAGCAGCUGUGGACUGGGCCAACCAGAACCGAGCCCCUGUUCUCAGCAUAGACCCUCCUAUGAGUGAAAUGGAGCAGGGCAUUGAUGCCAAGUGGUCACUGGCCUUGGGCCUGCCCCUGCCGCUGGGUGAGAGGGCAGGGCGAGUAUAUCUCUGCGACAUCGGCAUUCCGCAGAAAGUCUUUCAGGAAGUGGGAAUAAACUACCACUCACCCUUUGGCUGCAAAUUCGUCAUCCCAUUGCAUUCAACAUAGAGCAGACCCUGCAGUGUAUCAGCCCUGGAGGGGGAGAUGGGGCAGAAUCCUGCCUAGCAAGCUGUAUAAAGGAUCCUGACAAGUAAACUCUUGACGCCUUAAGGAUGUAAAGUUCUGGAGUUUGUUUCUUCCAGAAGAAAUAUGCGUAUUAAAAACAUAAAAAUUAAGGGAGCAAAUGUUACUGCAAGAUGCUUUCUCUCUCUCUCGUGCCAUUGGAUGAAGGAAUGUGGAAGAAGCUGGUAUCUAACACUGGGAAAGGCAGCACCUGGUCACCAGCCAGAGGAUGGUUAAAGCGGGUGAGAGGGUUUGUUUAUAGAUUCAAGUGAAAGUCAGACAGCCUGGAGGUUUACAAGAUGGUUUUUUAGUACUUCCGGGGCGGGGAAAUUUAGCCCAGUGGGGGGCCCCUUUCAGGAGCAGUUACCCCUCGAUGAUGUAGAAAUGUCUUUGUUACAGUUUUACUGUUUUGAUUUUGUUCUUUAUUUUCUUUUAUGUUCAUAAGAGCAAUUAUGUUAAGUCUCUUCUGGAGCUGCCAGGCCCCUGUGGAUGGGGCUCUCUGUUUAGAAAGCAGGUGUGAAGUUUUUGUUCCUUGACCGCUUGCUGAGUGAAUGCAGCCCAGGCCUGGAAACUGUAGGGGAGUGAGGCGUUUACCAUGGUGUCCUUCCACCAGACAGUGCUUUGGGAAAGGCAUUUUCCUAAGGUGGGUUUUUAUUUGUCCAGCGAGCUGAGUAACCUCAGUGAUUCGCAGAAGAUGCGAGGGGAACAGGGAGACGUUACCCUCUUUUCUUUAAUACCUUGUGUUCAGCACAGGUAGCGUUUGGAUAUAUUAACAUAGAGCCUCAGUGCCCACUUUGCGAGUAGUGCUACCAGUGGCCCCUCCCCCUUUUUAGGAGGAUCCUCCCUCCUAAAAAGUAUAUGUGCUUUGUUCUAAUGCACUGUUCCACAUGGAUCUCAAUGGAGUCGGUGGAAAUCAUAGGGCACUUGCCUCUCCUGGUUAUGCAAACUGUAAAGAUGAGUCAGAUGCUGUUUGUCUUAAUAUGCAGACAGCAGCGCGUGCAGAGUGUGUGCGGGGUGUUAUGGAAGGCUUAUGUUAACCCUUUAGUGGAGGAAUCUUCCUCCAGGCCUGCUUGUCAGCUCAGUGUAGUACUAUUAGCUGUAUGGCCUCCUGAGCACAGAUGAUCUUGGUAGUGCUACAGCAAAUGCUGUGCUUGGCAAGCUGAUUUAUUAGGCUGCCUUCAGAAGCAUCUGCAGUAUUGCUCCUGCAUGCACUUGUGCACUGAAAUCUGGUCCCUUAUGCCUCAGGCAUCACCACUGGUAGUGACCACUGUUAUAUCAUGUGGCUUUCAGAAAGCUUUGAACUUUCCAGCUACAUCACAUGUGAGGGAAGGUCAGAAAAUUCUGACCUGAAUUACUGUGUCGUCUCACCCUUUUUACUUUGCUAGCUGGUUUUGGGCUGCAGAUUUUUCCCCCCGAUGUGCUGCAAGGAAAGCAUUCAUAUUCAUUGCACUGCCUAGAGUAUGUGGUUUACUGAACCUUUGGCUGGCUCUGUAAAUCUACCAUGCUGGACCCUUUUAUUGUCUCUCAACGUGCCAAACUAUCACUGGCUAGUGAUGAGAAAUAUUAAACUUGGACCAAAACAGU